AUGACUUUCAGAGAGAAAAUCAAGUCCUUUCUGCAUCAUUCCAGCAGCCACAAGAAGAGCAUAUCCAAUGCCACUGCUUCCUCGCCUACUUCAACCGCUGCACCGACAGCAUCAAAAUCCGACCCAAACAAACCACCAAAUGCUCGAGACCCCGGUUUCCGCAAGUCCUUCAAUCUCGGAGAACCUCCAACAUCUUCCAACGGUUCUGUGAAAACGGAACCUCGAGACAUCGGUACUCCCAAUUCACAAAAUCUCGCCGUAAACGGCCACGCUACGUCGCAUAUGUACACCCUGGACAAAUAUGGUGAUGAUUAUCUAGCUGUUAGUCCUAGAACGAAUGUUACCGUACCAGAAGGCAAUCUUGCCAAUAGAGGGUUGGCAGGUUGUUCGCCAUUGGAUGCAAAUGAGAGUGCAAAAGUCGGCCUAGGGAUAAUACAGGAGCAGAAGCUAAAGGAUGACCCAGUGGUUGCAGCCGCUAAAACCCUAGAUACGCUACCAACUCCACAAAAGAGUCCGGAUUUUGGCAGAGAACAAUUUGCAAAUGGGGACAGGAAAGACAGCGGAUUCGUUGAACCGGUUCCUACUCGGGAUACAACAGUCUCCCCAAACUCGAAACCAGAGCAUCCUACUGCCCUUGAUCUCGAAUCUAGUCCCCCUGCGUCUGCCGCUCCCGAAUCUCGGAAAGUUGAGGCGGUAGAUUCGACGCCUCUGGUAUCGAACCAUGUUGAAUCUAUUAAUAUUGCCGGGUCGCCAGAAACAAAAUAUACUAGCCUGUUGGUCGCCCCUCAUGCACCUGAGGACGGAGCUUCAAGCGUAUAUAGCGACGAUUCCACUAGGCCAACUUUACAACAAAUAGCUAGUAGUGACUAUGGCCCAUUGAUCGAGUCUCCAGACCUGAAAGCAACCUCUCCGGCACCCCUAAGCACCACAGCAGUGGAUCACCAGAGACGGUAUAGUAUACUAGUUUCCGAGGAGCUACCGACUGUAGAAGAAGCAGAUCAUCAACAGAAUGGUGUACCGGUGGAGGAAAAAGAGCCACUACCAGUAAUUGACGAGAAUGCUGAUUUACUAACAGUCGUGAGGCGUAGUCUUGGUGACUCCUCAGCAGUUGGAAAAAUUUCUCCUUCUAUUCUACCAGCUGAUGAAACAAAUGCUUGGUCUCAAGACCUUAUUGCGAAUAUCGAUAAAAUCCAAAGUGAGAAAGAACAACGUGGCAGAGAAAAGGUGGUCGCAAACGGCAUGGAUGAUGAGAUCAUCCCCGAUACGGCACCUUUAAGAAAUUCAAAGGAAUCGGUUGAUAUCCAAGCAACUUCACUUAUCGACUCAGUUAGGGCCCAUGUACAACCCCUACAACAGACGGGAAGGACACCAACACCCCCUCUACCAAUGAACCAACAGGUCGUUACACCCGCCGAUAUCGCAACAGGGCAUGUCGAUUCAACAAUGCCUAGAAAUCAAGAAUCUGGGGAUAGUAGUAUCCAAUUUGUCCCAGCCGUCGCCCCGGUAAAUCAAAAGCCCAUCGUUACAACGACGAACACGGUUCCUCAUGCGGACGCAUUUCAUAUGGGAGACAAUAUCCCAGAUGUCCCAGUCGUUGAUGGCAAAUGGCCGGCUGUGCACCCACUCCCAACUCUUCUACCACCGAGCCAAAAGCCUAUCGUAACGACUACAAAUACGAUUCCGCAUGCACCUGCAUAUAACAUGGGAGACGACAUUCCAGAUGUUCCGGUCAUUGAAGGGAAAUCACCCAUUGUGACGACUACUAAUACGGUUCCUCAUGUGAAGGUUAUGCCCAUAGGGGAAAAUAGCGUGGACGACGAUGUUCCUAAGCUAUCGUUUAACGAGUCGAUAUAUGCAAAUCGAGAUAAACUCCAGUAUGAUAGUGCAUUAUUGGGAUUAAAUGAAACACCAGUAGGAGACGAAGACAGUGUUUAUGCGGUUACAAAGGAGAUUCCCGGGGCGUUUUAA